AUGCCGUACUUAAAUGGUCGUGACUACAAUGUCUCUCACUAUGAACAAGACCGUAGUGCACUUAAGAAAAGGGAAUGGGAGCGGAGGAAUCAAGAAGUCCAGCAAGAAGAUGAUCUCUUUUCUUCAGGCUUUGAUCUUUUUGGGGAGCCAUACAAGACAAACAAAGGUGAUGCACUUGCGAACCGAGUCCAGAACACGCUGGGAAACUAUGAUGAAAUGAAGGAUUUGCUAACUAACCAUUCUAAUCAGAAUCAUCUAGUGGGAAUCCCAAAGAAUUCCAUGCCCCAGACUCCCACCAACAAAAAUGAACCCAGCUUUUUUCCAGAACAAAAGCAUCGGAUGGUCCCAGUGCACCAGCAGGAUAACACUCACUCCUCAGCGCCAAUGCCUCCACCUUCUGUCGUGAUACUGAAUUCAACUCUAAUACACAGCAACCGAAAGUCAAAACCUGACUGGUCACGAGAUAGUCAGAACACUAGCAUUGUAGCUGCCAGCCAAGUCACUAGUCAGCCCAACAAGAUGCAGCCGCCGACCCCAGACCAGCCCCCAGCCAGACUGGAAGACUUCUUUGUCUACCCAGCUGAACAGCCUCAAGUUGGAGCAGUUGAAGAAUCAAACCCACUGGCAAAGGAAGACAAUACUCUCAAGUCCAGUGGAGGGGAUACUUUCAAAGAAAUCUAUCAGUCCAACUCACCAGAAGCACCGGAAUUUACAGUGCAAGCGCCUGGAUCUCCCCUAGUUGCCUCGUCUCUAUUAGCUCCCAGCAGUGGCCUUUCGGUUCAAAACUUCCCACCAGGGCUUUACUGCAAAACAAGCAUGGGCCAGCAAAAACCAACCGCCUAUGUCCGACCCAUGGAUGGUCAGGACCAGGCCCCGGACAUCUCUCCCACACUGAAACCUUCGAUUGAAUUUGACAACAGCUUUGGGAAUCUGUCAUUUGGAUCACUCUUGGAUGGCAAGCCCAGUGCACCCAGUUCAAAGACUAAACAGCCAAAGUUCACGAUUCUUCAAACAAGUGAAGUAAGCCUUCCCAGUGACCCAAGCUGUGUUGAAGAAAUCUUGCGGGAGAUGACCCAUCCCUGGCCUACUCCUCUCACUGCCAUGCAUACUCCCGGAAAUUCUGAGCAGAGCACACUUUCCAUCCCAGGACAGGAGUCCCAACAUCUGACUCCAGGAUUUGCCUUACAAAAGUGGAGUGACCCGACCAGCAGAGCAUCUACAAAGAUGCUUGAAGACGACUUGAAGCUGAGCAGUGAUGAAGAUGACCUUGAGCCCAUGAAGACCCUGACCACUCAGUGCACUGCCACUGAGCUCUACCAGGCUGUUGAAAAGGCAAAAGCUAAGAAUAAUCCUGUGAACCCACUCUUGGCCACGCCCCAGCCCCCACCUGCAGCGCCCACCAGUGGGGGAUCCGGCAGCUCCAGUGACUCGGAGAGCAGCUCAGAGUCUGACUCAGACACUGAAAGCAGCACCACUGACAGCGAAGCCAAUGAGGCGCCACGAGUGACCACUCCAGAGCCUGAGCCGCCCUCCACCAACAAGUGGCAGUUGGACAAAUGGCUUAACAAAGUGACAUCUCAAAACAAAUCUUUUAUUUGUGGCCAAAAUGAAACACCCAUGGAGACGAUUUCUGUGCCUCCGCCAGUCAUUCAGCCAAUGGAAGUCCAGGUCAAGGUGAAGGCAAACCCCAGCCAGGUCCUGCCUGAACCCAAAGAGAGGCCUCUCCUUGGUCUCAUCAGGGAGAAAGCCCGUCCACGACCCACCCCAAAAACUCCAGAAACAAAGGCUCUGAAGCAUAAGUUGUCCACAGCUCUUGAGACAGCGUCUCAAAGGACAAUUGGGAAAAAGCAGCCCAAAAGGGUCGAGAAGAACACCAGCAUUGAGGAGUUUACCUGGCCCAAACCAAAUAUCACCAGCAGCACUCCCAAAGAAAAGGAAAGCGGGGAGCUUCCUGACCCCCCGAGAGGCCGCAGCAAAGCCGCUGCCCACAAGCCGGUUCCCAGGAAAGAACCGAGGGCCAGCAUCCCCUUGGCUCCCGAGAAGAAGAAGUACCGAGGGCCUGGCAAGAUGGUUCCAAAGUCCCGGGAAUUCAUUGAGACCGAUUCGUCUACGUCUGAUUCCAACACGGAUCAGGAAGAGCCCCUGCAGAUCAAAGUCCUGCCUCCAUGCACUGCUCCGGGGGGCAACACCACGAAAUCCAAGGAAGCCGGAGGGGCCAGCCUGACCCUCAGCAGCUUUCUCAGCAGUGGCAAUGGCAACAACCCACCAGUCCCGAGUGAGGAGCCUACUCUGUCACCGGUCCCUGUCACACAAGCCGAGGUUCUGUCUCCUGUCCGAGAUCAGGAGAAUCUGAAAAAUCUCUGGGUGAAAAUUGACCUUGACCUACUGUCUCGAGUGCCUGGCCAGAACUCACUCCAGGCGGCGCCAGCCAAGCUAGACCACAAGGAGACGGCCUCAAAGCCCAAGCGGCAGACAGCUGCGGCGCCUGCAGAGAAAGCUGCCCCCAAGGGCAAGCGUAAGCACAAGCCAACAGAAGUUGCAGAGAAAAUCCCUGAGAAGAAGCAGCGCCUGGAGGAGGCAGCUACCAUCUGCCUGCUGCCACCUUGCAUCUCGCCAGCUCCCCCCCAGAAGCCUCCCAGCACUAAAGAAAAUAAUUCAUCCAGGAGAGCAAAUAGAAGAAAAGAAGAAAAGCUGUUUCCUCCUCCACUUUCCCCACUGCCAGAGGACCCUCCACGUCGCAGGAACAUAAGCGGCAAUAAUGGUCCCUUCAGUCGAGACAAAACCAUCCCUAUGAUAGGACAGAUCACCUCGACCAAACCUAAGAGGAAUGAAGGCAAAUUCUGUGCUACUUUCAAAGGGAUAUCUGUAAACGAGGGAGACACUCCAAAAAAGGCAGCCCCUGCCACAGUCACCAACACUGCUAUCGCCUCUGCCACUGCUACUGCCAUUGUCACAGCCACUGCCACGGCCACUACCACAACCACUACCACUACCAUUUCCACCAUCACCUCCGCCAUCACUACUGGCCUCAUGGAUAGCAGUCACCUGGAGAUGACAUCGUGGGCAGCCCUGCCCCUUCUGUCCACCAGCACCACCAAUGUCCGGAGACCCAAGCUCACUUUUGAUGACUCGGUUCACAAUGCUGAUUAUUACAUGCAAGAGGCUAAGAAGCUGAAGCACAAAGCUGAUGCACUGUUCGAGAAAUUUGGCAAAGCCGUGAAUUACGCGGACGCAGCCCUGUCCUUCACUGAAUGUGGCAACGCGAUGGAGAGAGACCCUCUGGAAGCCAAGUCUCCAUACACCAUGUACUCCGAGACUGUGGAACUCCUCAGGUAUGCCAUGAGGCUGAAGAAUUUUGCAAGCCCCCUGGCUUCAGAUGGGGACAAAAAGCUGGCCGUACUAUGCUACCGAUGCCUUUCACUUCUCUACCUGAGGAUGUUCAAACUGAAGAAGGACCACGCCAUGAAGUACUCCAGAUCACUGAUGGAAUAUUUUAAGCAAAAUGCUUCAAAAGUCGCUCAGAUACCAUCUCCAUGGGUAGGCAAUGGAAAGAAUACUCCAUCCCCAGUGUCUCUCAACAACGUCUCUCCCAUCAACGCAAUGGGGAACUGUAACAACGGCCCAGUUACCAUCCCACAGCGCAUUCACCACAUGGCAGCCAGCCACGUCAACAUCACGAGCAACGUGUUACGGGGCUACGAACACUGGGACAUGGCUGACAAACUGACAAGAGAGAACAAAGAAUUCUUUGGCGAUCUGGACACAUUGAUGGGGCCCCUGACGCAGCACAGCAGCAUGACCAAUCUCGUCCGCUACGUUCGCCAGGGACUGUGCUGGCUGCGCAUCGAUGCCCACUUGUUGUAGUGGCUGCGCCCCCAUCUCCAGCCUUGCCACCCACCACGCUACCUCUACCAGAGCGCCGAUGGGCACUGGUGGAACUCCACUCAUUUGGGAAAGUUCUCUUUGAUUAUGUUUGUUUUGAUGCUUCUUUUGAUAUCUGUGAAACACAGACGUCAUUGUAAGUGGACACUACACCUUGAGAGCAGUGUAUCUUUUAUCACUUAGUCAUUUUUCUGUAUUUUCUAUGCAUUUCACAGAUCCCACCAUCCUUUUGUGCUUGAUGGAAUGACAGUUCCUACAGUAUUUUUUUAGGCCCACACUACCCAAAAGAAAGAAUGGAAAGCAAUUGUGAGAACAGGUUCCUGAGAAGUGAAACAAAAUGUCAUAUAUAUAUAUAUGUGUGUGUGUGUGUGUGCGCGCGCAUGUGUGUGUAUGUGUGUGUGUGUGUAUAUAUAUAUAUAUAUAUGUCAUAUGUCAUGUAUAUGUCUAUGUAUGAACGCAGACACAGAGGACCUGCAAAGAUUCAAAUUUUCAGCAUUCCCCAAACUGUGCUGUUCUGUCCAGAUAAGAACGUAUUUCAGAAUCCUUUGUUAAACUUUUGUGAUUCCCACAGACUCAGUUUUCAGAUGAGAAUUUUCAUUGUUGAAAUCCACUGGUUAAAUGUUUUAGCAACAUUGGAAAGUUAAGCGUGUUAAGAAAAUUCAUGAGCACAGCAAUGCCACUCUGGAACAGUACUCUGGCAUGCAGCCAGAGGACUUUUUAGUUAGUAUCCCUUUCCUGAAUCCCUAUUUGAAAAAUGUCAAGGAUGAGAAGGAGUGGCAACAUUUAUAUCAACAGCUUUAAGGCAUCAGCUGGCAUAAGUCGUUUUGAACUCCAUGAUUUGAAGCGUAAAUCCUCACCCGUGAUUCUCUUUGUGUAAAGCUCUCCUUUGAAGGGCAGUUCAGUGGCGCAUGCCCUAGUAGCCUAGAUGCUACAACCCAGUUUAGAGAUGAGAGAUGAGAGGACUCUGGCAACUGUCCAGGGAAUGCACACCUCUGCCUCUUUUGCAGUUGAUUGGUGGGUCCAUAACUGGCAGGACUUUUUUUUUAAGUGUGUUUUGCUUGAAUCUCUGGAAACCAAAGUUAAGUUCUCACUACUAGAAGUAGUCAUAUACAGUUUGCUUCCUAAUGGCUUUAAAAUAUGGACUUCCCCAAUUAUUAUCACAUUUGCUAUUUUACAGAAUUUCUUUUUGACUUCUUUCUGUUUUCUUCUACCUUUCUCUUCCUUUUUCUUUUGUUUCUUUUGAUUUUGGCUCAUUAGCUUUUGAUUGAAAUACAAUCACUGAUUUUAUUCAAGUCUAUAUUAUCUUGAAUCAUUUCCAUGAAAAUCCCAAUGAAAACUCCAAACUCUCUAAGUUGUAGCUAGUUUUUUAACAAAAAAUGAGUUGGGGUAGUGCUUCACCCUAGGGUGGUUUUAAAAGAACUCUGAAGAUGGGGAACAGUUCCGUUGAUUUGGAGAUAUUUCAGAGUCAUUUGAAACUAUCCCCACCCCUUUUGAUCCUCUGCAUUCAUUUUGUGUCCCUAAAAAUCACAAUGUAAAUAUCAUCUUUGGCGUUCCAACCCACUAGAAGAAUCCCACACACGUGGUAAAAACUAUCCAUACAUUAGUUAGUUCCUUGUAAUUACCUGCCGGUAUCUAAUUCCAUGUAGCCUUUCAUCAGCUGAGUUAUUGGAUUCUUUUCACUGAGUUAUGACCAGAUAAAUAAUAGAUACAUGCCCAUAAAAGAUGCAAUCUUGUAUGAUUUUUGAAAACAAGUCAUGCAAGUGAUAGGAACGACAAAGGAUCCCCUCUACACUCUCACUGUCAAGGUUAGCUAUUAUCCCCAGUUGCAAAAGAGCCAGACUUGAGCUCCACUCUGGUCAUUUUUGAGCUGAAGGCCCUUUGUGGUAUCAUAAAGGCUGUGGACGUUGUUCUCUAGUGGCUGAGGCCACGUUGUGAAGAUGACAGCUGGGAGCAUCCAAGCAGCUGACCCAGCACUUUUCACGCCCCCAGUGUGGUUGAGCUGGACGUUGGCAACUUCAGCAUCAACCCUAACACACACAGACACACACUGACUAAUGCAACCCAAGAGAAAUCUUUUCUGAACCUCUUAAGUGAGGAACAUGAUGCUAUGAACGACUCCAAAUACCCAAAGUGGGUGUCACUUACACAGAUGAAGCUGAUGGCUCUGCAGUGACUCAAGGUCUCUGUUUGUUUCCCACGGCUUACCAGGUGGAGUGCCUGACUGUGACUAUAUAAUGAAGCCCACUGGUCUGACUUGCAUGUUCAACCUAGACCACGAUCCUAGACCAUCAUGGAUUUAUGAGUAGAUUCUUCUUGAAAUCCAACCUCCAGGAACUAGACAUUAAAAUGGAGGGACAGUUUCCUGGGGACACAAGUAUAUUGCCUCAUGAAUGAAAGACUCGAAUCUCUAGUUUCAGUGAGUCGUUCUAUCUACCUGACACACAACAGGGAGACAGCCGAGCAGCCUGCUUGCUACCUGAUGUGUCACCUCUGGUGGCUGAGUGUGAAGUGUGUCCAGAUCAGCAGCACGAUGAUCAAAUCUGACAGGCGAGCUUGGGAUCACCACCUGGUUAUUUAGCAGACCCAUUUGUAAAGCAGCUUAGAAACCAAUUAAACAUGGAGGAUGAAUUGCCUUCCUCUCCCAGGAGAUGAGACAUCUUUCAGUUUCCUGACUAAGGAUUGUUGCUGUUUUCUAGGCACUCUAUUCAUCACGUUGUAAAUGGUGAUGUGUGUCAUAGGUGUGCCGCAUUUUGAGGGACUGAAAUAAUAUUUUGUCAAGUAAAUCUCUUCAGUGUACCAGUUUGUGGGAGGGAUAUGAGACAUGUGGAUGGUGGUGAGAGAUCCUGCCUCAGACUGUGAUGGAGGCUUGAUGAGACACAUCUCACAGUAAACACAUGGAGUUAGGGUCAUGGGCAAAGAAAUGGGCAGCUCCACCGAGUGAGCAAGUUCACAAAAGGAUCUCAGCCCUGCAAACAGGACCCACAUAGGGCCACCACUAUGCCUUCACUUGUCACCCAAGCUCCAACCACAGAGAGUUUGACAAGUUUGUGUUAUGAUAUUGGCUUGGCUUUGUAUUUUAAUUAACCUUGGAUUUUUUAGUGGUUUUGUCAUAUUACUGUCUGAGUUCAGUAGGUAGGAUUAAUUUGAAAAGAGUAUACUAGUGUGGUCCUCGGGGUAGAAUUUAGCCGUGAGCAUGUUGUUAGCCAGCCUGUAGACUGUUAAUUACUUAAUAAUCUCAUUGGGAAAAUACUAGUAGUUUUCUAUUUGGAUGACAGAAUUGGAAAAGCAGAUUAGCUGCUGCUAACUUUUCAAAGACUUGAGGUUGGGAUGCCUUUUUUCCAUGUAAUGACACUAAAUGAUUCAAAUCUCUGGUCAAUAACCAAGUUGCUCAAUUUGAAACCAUUGGCUGAAAUGCCUUUUGUUGAGUUUCCAAAUGGAUGAAUUUUCCUUUGGACAACACCUUACUAGGUGCAUUGGACUGGGUCUUCAUUGGGAAGAUACUUGUCCUCUCAAUAUCCUUCUCAAAGUUAUCUAAUUUGGAUUGUGUUUUAUUGAAAUUUGCAUCCCAGAGGUUGAAGUUGGAAAAUGAAGUUGGAAAGCAUUUCUGAAGGCAGAAUCGAUGUAGAUGUGGGGGUAGAGCCCUUACAUAUUUCACAAUAGACAUGAUAAAAUUCACCUGCAUGAGCUGGCAGGUGGGAGACACCAAACUGGAUCACUGGGUAGGACUACUCAGUAAGGCAAUGAACUGCUUGCUUAGAGAAGCAUCACCCUCCCCAUUGAGAAAAUGUGUGGCGAGACACUAGUGCUACACAACAUUGAAUGGAUGGGUCAAUUCCAUGUCCCCAGAUGCAGUUCUGUGGGGAAAAAAUAUGGAGCCCGUUGUCGCUUGCUCUAUUGUGCGACUGGCGGACUAAAUUCUUCUUCGUUGUCGUUAUCGUUGUCGUUGUUGUUGUUGUUGCUGUCGUUCUCAUUUCCACUCGCACAGCCUUAUUCUCAUAAUGAAACUCUGAUUCAUUUGCUCUUUGGUGUUCGCAAACUCCAACAACAGAACUGGCAUCUGUGUAUUGAUAAUCAGCAAUGACCCUGGCAGGAGGCUAAUCAGACAGGCUGGUCUCAGACAUCAAUCCUACCAUCUGAAUAUUUUCAGGGAAAGAAAAAGUAUGAAUUCCCUUUCUGUUCUCCUCCUCACAAGCCUAGAAGCCCACUUUCCCAAGAGCAUCAUGUUUCCCUCUGUAAUCCAUCAACUCAAAGCAAAUUGCAUUGUGGGGAGGGCUGCAGGGGUGAGGUGGGGAUUAGAGGGUAGGGAAGCCCUUCCAGGCCAGGCUGCAGUUCUUGCCCCUUUCUGCUUCUGACCUGAGAUGGUAAUGACUCCAUCAGGCUCACCAUGUGCUUAGGGGACACAGAACUGCUGUUCCGAUCCAUGAUCAAUCAUCGUUCUUCUAAGAGAUUGGAGCUUUGCUGUUUCAUUAACUGUGCAGUGUAGACUAAUGGUGUUUAAUAAAAAUCAUUCAAACUUUCAAACUCUUUUGCCAGUGACCUCAAUUUUGUUGGCUCUUCAAUUUGUACCAGAAUUUGAGGAGGGAAGGGGGAACACAGGAAGCCUGCUGCCAGGACCCUGGCUCAAUGCUGCGGGGAGCACCCCCCAGGGCCCACCAGCACUUGCUGGUCAGGAGCCACAUGUAGACCAACUGGCAACCCUCAUGAAGAAAGAACGUCCGUGUGGAUGCUUGUAGCUGGGGCUAGCAUGCUCCUACUGAGGGUAUCAUUAUUCUCCAGCCUCUGCAAUGUGAAGCCAGCUGCCGGAUCAGGUGCUUAAUCAGAACUGCAACCUAUUCAGUUCUGGCCUGCAUCACCCCUGUAUCUCUGAAUAGGGGAAACAUCUCAGAGCCUAGGGCCCAGCAGGGUGCACAAGGCCAGCCAAAUGCCCCCCAGAUGCCAGUGCCCUUCUGUGGUUCUGCAGUACUUGUGACAUCAGUGGGAGAGGAGCCCUUAGGCAGGAAGCAGCCUUGGGGAAACCCCCAAAGAGGCUGAAUUGGUAACAGGUUGCCCAGAUCCAGAGUUAGCUUCUCCUUUGGUUUGCUCAACAUGCUACCAGUGAUCCAUUGCUUAAAUGUUUAGCAAGCUCUCUGAGAACAGAAAGCAGUUGAUUUGUAGUAUUUGCUAAUCACCGUGGUGUAACUGCUCCCACCAUAGCCUAUUUCCAGCCACAUCACUGAACACAGAGUUGGAAAGAGAUAGACGCAAAGUUGGGAGACCAGGCAAACAAGCUCCGACACAGGACUGAUUGCAGCCAGUCAAAGGGGCUCAGAGUUCACACUUAUGUUCUGUGCGCGCACACACACACUUUAAUGACAAACUAUUACAUCAUUUUCAAAUAUGGGUCAGUCUUCUAGGAAAUGUAGAUAGUCUAUGAUGAGACCCUGGAGGUGUGGGUUUUAAGCUGGAAGGAAUGAAGCCUUCUUGAGCCCAAAGCACAGAUGCGUUGGCCAGAGUAUGUGGGUCAUCUCCACAUCUGCAAGGUAAAAUGGAAGUGAAAUAAGUGCUUAGAAAACUCUCAUGGUUGGUUAAAAAUAAGGAUAGGUGAGUAUUAUUAUUAUUUCAUUAUUAUCAUUUUAUUAUUAUUAAAAUGCCCAAGUAGUACUUCAAACUUGUAAAUGUCACUUGGAUAAAUGAUUUACUAUUGCUCCUAUUAAUGACAGUCUUCAUCAACAUUAGGCCUUCUGUGGAGAAUAGCACAAUUCAAAAUGCACUGUGUUGUUUUCUUACUAUAUGGCAACUCAGUAAUUCUCCCAUCUCCCUGUUGUUGUUCAGAAGGUUUUUGCUUUUGCUAUUAGUAAUUGAAGUUAUUUAGCAUAUGUUUUAAUUUUAAAGUACCUAUUUACUAUCCUUGCUCUGAAAUCAAACUAAAAUGUCUCCUGGAUCAGUUCCAUGAUUAAUAUUUAGAAAUUACCAUCCAAAGCAAAACAAUUCCCUUUUCUACCCAAUAUAAAGAAAGCAGUGUCAUUAAGAAGACAUAAAGUGCAGUGUAUUUUUGUAAGACAACGAGGUUUUUGUUAAAAACACACACAAAAUCUUUUUUUUCAAAUUACACCUCAUCAUAAAUCAACUGAGAGUAGAACAAAAAGUCUCAAAGGACAUGUUCUCCUGGUCCCAUGAAUCUUCUACAGUUAAUAAGAGGUUUGUAUCUGGAAAGGUUGAAGAACUUGCUGUAAAAUCCUAUUUUUCUUUAAACAUUUCCAUGUUCUGUCUGGGCCUGUGUCCACAGUCAAGUGUUAGCCCUGAAGGAUAUCCGUAUAUUUUAUGCAUUCUUUCUGGCCCCUCUCUAUCUCCUUUGCCUCUGCAGUUCUUUCUGUGACCAGCAUGAUAACAUAGUUGAGCAGGGGGUUCUUCAAGCCCCUCAUAGUAUUCCUGCAACAUUUGUCCUGACUGGGUAUGGUCCCAUCUGGGUCUGGUUAAUUGCUAUCACACUCACACGGGAACUUGGCGUCCCCCAAGGCCAUGGACCAGUUUGCAUGGAGACAGAGAGCUAGAAAUGUCUUCAUCAUCAUCCGGUGAUUUUCUAUUUUAAAACCAUCCUCAUGAAUCAAUCAUAUCACCCACAAAUAUUACAAAUGAGAUUGAUUCUGCCUCAAGAUAAUUUGUCAAAUAGUUUUCUUCCUGAAUGACUCUACUCUCUGGGUAUUUUAGAAAGGGAAACAUCUGAGAUGAAAUCCCCCACAUUUGUUCAAUUCCACAAAUGGCUGUUUUUAUUCCUAUUUUCCUCAGAAUAAAUAAUGCUUCUGAAGAUGGUUUGAUGUAGUGUUAUCUUUGGAUAAAAUAAACCCUUUAAAAGUGAGCCUGGUCGAGCUACCGUGCUCAGAAUGCCCCUGGGGAUCAGAAGAUCCCUCAGAUUCUUCCCCUAAGCACACUUGAUGGUCUGACUGCCAUAUCCAUAGGCUCCUCCAAGAAGAGACUGGUUUCUGUUCUGUUCUGUGCUGGUGAUCGUGGUGGCUGUGGCUGUUGCUUGUCUCUUUCUGUCUUGCUUAUCUGGCUCUGGCUUUCACUUUCCUGCUUGGGCUCUUUCUGUCUCUAAACAAACGAAUAGUUGAAUUCAGUGUGAACUUCUGAACUGUAACUUGUUCUUUCUUUUAAGACAUAACAGAUUAAUAAAAAUAGGUGUGUUCUGAUUUCAAACAUGCCACCUGGAGAGGCAUGCUGUAUUCUGAAACCAUGAUAUUAUAACAACUGCAUUAUCAUAUGGCAGUAUAAAUACUCGUCUGUUGAAUUCAUUUGUCCGGUUGUAGAACUUUGUGGAGCAGUGUUUUGACCUUGACGAUGUCAUUUUGGAGCAAGUGCAGUGGCUGCAGGCAGAUGAGACACUUUACAUCAGGAUUUUUCAAUGAACUUUAGCUGGAGGCCUGGCGAUGGCAAACAUUUUCAGAUGUUGCUGUAACCAUGAUAAAUGUGAAGCACAAAUUUCUGUUCCAGCAAUUUCCCAGAACUCUUCAGUCAAAGUGGUUUUAUUUUAGGUUCAUCUUUUUCUUUUUUUUCUUUCUCUUUUUCCUUAUUUUUUUUUGAAGGGGCUUGUUGUUAUUGACUGAAGAAAUAUUUUGACUGUAAUGUGUAUUUCUCCUGUUUUUCCCUCUCUUUCUCUCUCCCCUCUCCCCUUGUUAAAAUAUUUAAAUCUGGAGUCUUUUGCAAAUCUGCAUUAGAUCAGGCCAGGAAUGAAGUCUGAGUCUAAGCAGACAUUGAUGGGUUUUCAAAGAGAAAUGUUCCCUAUCCCUGUGGCCCUUCCAUGCUCCACACUGAAGAACCGAAGGGCGCUUUCCUAACAUCGUUUGAGACCUAAUGCAGUUUAACAAAUGACUCCAUGUGUUUUUCCAGUAGUCAUUUGACUGAGACUUGAAAAAUACCCCCAAGACUUACCAGGGGUGUCUUCUGCCUGGUCUACAGCGUGUGUGUUUGCUUUGUAUCUUAGAGGCAUAUUCCUGUCUAGUGUGCUCAUUUGAAGUAUCUCCUCACAUUCAUAUUAGUCUGUAUAUAAGAAUCAGAGAGAUAAUCCCCUCACAUGUUGUAAAUGAAGAUGUGACUCUAUAGAACUUUCUCUCCUUCUUGAAAAUAAAAAGACAUUUUCAUGCAUAUUUUAAGCAGAAAGUUUGUAUAUUUAAGUGUCAUGGAAAUAUUUAUUGAGUAACCAGGAUACAAAAGGGAAUUUAA